GCGCUGCGGAGAGGCGUGAUCCAGAUUCUAUCCUUAGAAGGAGGAGGAAGGCUUCCAAGUUGCAGGAUCCUGGAGAGCUGCGCUGGGCUGCGUGCUUGCUUGUGAAAAGCAGUUGAUGUGUGAGGCUACCACAGUGGAGCGCAGACAACCAAGCACGGAAGAGUCGAACGUUGGCAGCGGAGGAGGCAAAGAAAUCAAGUCAAGUCCUCUUGACCUUUCUUUAAGAAUCCCUGAUCAGCUACUUCAAUGCAAUCUGAGGAGCCACCACGUCCUUCCACAAGUUUCUCAGUAGCAGAGGUGGGAUCUGGUGCAGCAUUCUCAGAAGACGUGACGAUGGAUACAUCAGAGGUUGUUGAGACGGAGGAAGACGCUGACCUACAGACAGAGUUUGAGAAGUGGCGUGAUGUUUCGAGCCGUUUCGUAGACUGUGUAAAAAUCCUUGCAUGCCAGUACUUGCCUUAUCAAGGCAACGGGGAGUCAUUUCCACUGGAUGAUGAAUCCGGCGUAGGCACUGUCCUGGAGUUACUUAAUCUGCUGAUUCGCCAUGACCCUGUCAUGAAACAGCACUUUGGUCACGUCCAAAGUAAUCUAGGCUCGCUGCCUUUCCUUUCAACGAGUAUCCAAAACAAAUUCCUCCACCUCAUGGCUUCUGCGGUUCGUAAGAGUAUACUGAGAAAGAUUUGUUCUGCCAAGUAUUAUGGCAUCAUGUUUGACUCAGUUCCUGAUGGGGCACUCCCUGACCGGUUGUCAGAAGUUGUUAGGUACGUGGAAAUGGAUGGUGCGAGCAGAAAAGUCCAUGUUAGAGAGUCCUUUCUUGGUUUCAUCUGGCUCCACGAGAAAGAUGCAGAGAGCUGGACCAGGGAAAUCAUGAGACAGCUGGAAAAGGACGAACUGGAUCUGAAGGAUUGCCGGUCACAGUGCUAUGACAAUGCUACCGUGGCUGGAUUCAGAACUGUACAUCAAAGAAUAACUGAAAAAAACCACCUGGCUUUGUCCAUAAAUUGUGACAAUCGCUCACUCAACUUGGUGGGUCGUCAUGCGUCCUCUCAAGCACCAAAAAUGGGCAUAUUUUUUGCAAACUUCGAUUGUCUGUAUGAGUUUUUUGCAAGUUCAGACGAGCGCAGGGCAAAACUCCAAGAGGUUGUGCCUUUCACUCUCAGGUCACGGUCCAAAACCAGGUGGAGUACAGAGGUAGAAGCCGUGAAACCUGUCCGAAUGUAUCUUGAGGGUAUAAUCGAACUUCUCGAGGACAUGGCAGAGGAUCUAGAAAUGGAUGAAUUGUCAAUGUAUGAAGCAAGUUCACUGGUCAAGUGCCUGUUGGAUUAUGAGUUUCUAACUUUCAUAGGAUUUUGGGACAAGGUACUUGGUCGCAUUGACCUUGUUCAAAGGAGUCUGCAGAAUCCCAGCACGAACUUUCACGAUGCUGCCCAACAUCUAAGAUCUCUCCGAGAUUAUUUUGAGGCUAACAGAGACAUUUUGAUCAGCGAGUCAAUUGAUGAAGGGUUUGGUCUGUGCCAGAAAUUUGAUGUUCCAUUUAAAUGUCCUAAGAGAUUCAGGAAAGCAACGCCUGGUGAGCAAGCAAGCGAUGCAGAGUUAACAGCGAAGGAGGCACUGGAAAGCAGUAUGAAGGCAGCACUUGAUCAUCUUCACAGAGAGCUGAACGAAAGGUCCACUCGCUUGCACGGUCUCGAUACCAACUUUGGAUUCCUCCUUGACGUCGGGAAAUUGUGUUAUGGCACUGACGUGCAAGACCUAGAAGAGAAGUGUGUGAAUUUGGGCAAUGUGUACAGCAGUGAUGUGGACGGGCAGAAGCUCUAUCAAGAAAUCUUGGACUGCAGAAUGCUGCUGUCAGGGCGGGAUGAGCUGCGGCUAUCUAGCCCUGAACAACUUCUUGAAUUCAUUCAGUUUGGAGAUGAGUCCACCUUCCUCAAUCUCGCUGUUGCUACCCAGAUACUGCUAAUUAUUGGAGUUUCCUUCGCCACCUGUGAGCGAUCAUCCAGCAAGUUGAAACGGAUACUUCCAUAUCUGAGCAGCUCAUUGGAGGAUCAACAAAGACUCUGUAAUCUUGCUCUGCUGAAUGUGGAAAGAGAAGAGACAGAGAAGACGGACUUUGAUGGCAUCAUCGACAGAAUUCUUGAGAUGCGUUUUUGUUGAAAUGUUUAUUAAUUCAGGAAUAGUUUCCACAAUGUAAAGGUAAUACAGGUUUGUGACUUUAACAAAUCCGUACAAUAGAAGACUACUUCCAUCUUAUCUUAACAGAAAUCUUUGUAUGAGUAUUACAAGAGAAGUUAUUUUGUAAAGAUUCUAAAUAAAAUAUUUUGAAAGCA